CAUACUUCAAUAUAAUACACCGAACUCAUAUUUAUGCACAUCUUACUUUUCAUCCAACGUCGUCAAUAUUGGCCACCUCUAACAUCCAGCUCUAAUAAUCAAAAUGGUACUGUAUUUUUAAAUCCACCUUCUCCUCAGCCCCAAUUUCGCCAAUUGCGUCCCAUUAUUAAAGUCUAGAGAUUAAUCUCGAACCUCAUCAAACAUCAACAAUUCAAGCUUUCAAAAACGAUGGUGCUCACAAGCUUCGACGGUACUGGGGUCGGAUUUGGUUUUGGAGUUGGUUGCGGUUUCGGCGUAGGAUGGGGUUUCGGAGAACUAAAAAAAUUCUCCCUCGAAAUCAAGACGAAUCCCCAUUGGUUUGGUGUAUUAAAGAGGAUUCUUGUGUCUGUAAAAAAUAAAAGAGUAUCUUAUUAUCAGCUGACUCAUUUAAUUGAAGGUGGAGGCUGUGGAAUUGGGCUAGGCCUUGGAUGGGACUCUGGCACAGCAUUUGGUAGUCAAUAUCGGUCCGAUAGAUUCACAUUCCAAGGCAUGGAAUUUAAAAGGAAAGGUCAAGGUGAAGGUAGAGAGUCGGGUAUCUCAAAAAGCUCUCCCAAUCUUCAUGCUUCUCAGUAGUUUCUACUUGGACCUUCUCUCCUCUUUGCAAGCUUGCAAUGCAUUUCGACCGUGUGAGUUAGACAUAAGUGCAGUGGUUGGUGCCUUCUCUGUUUGAUACGUAAG